UCUUCUUCAUCUUCAUCUUAAUUUUUCGAAUUAUUGAGAGAGAAAUCCAAAGAUGAAUGAAAACCUUCCAGUUCCAGCUUAUUUCAUAAUCACUUUUUUCAUAAGCCGAUUAAAAUCAAGCAUAAACAAAUCCAAGGCAUGGACUACAACCUUAAACCAACGACCAAACAACCUCCUAAACGACCCCGAAACAUUAACCUUAGCCUCUUCGGAUUACGGGAACAUGGUUAAAGAAACCCCAGCCGCGGUUCUUCAACCAUCAUCGAUAAACGACAUCGUUCAAUUAAUCUCUUAUGCCUAUAACAACCCCAUCCCUUUUCAAAUCGCCGCAAGAGGACAAGGACAUUCCGUACGAGGUCAGGCAAUGGCCAAAAACGGCGUCGUUAUCGACAUGUCGGCACUGCGGCGGAAUCGGAAAACCCCGGGAAUUGUCGUGUCGUGUAGGCGGUGGACGACGGGGGAAUUUUACGUGGAUGUGGGAGGGGAACAGCUGUGGAUUGACGUGUUGAAUGAGACGUUGGGAUAUGGGAUGACGCCGGUUUCGUGGACAGAUUAUUUGUAUAUCACAGUGGGAGGGACGUUGUCAAAUGCAGGAAUCAGCGGGCAGAGUUUUCGGUACGGUCCACAGGUCAGCAACGUGGUGGAGAUGGAUGUCGUCACUGGGAAAGGGAAUAUGAUGACUUGCUCUCCCAAAAAAAAUUGUGAGCUUUUCCAUGCCGUUCUUGGAGGGUUGGGUCAAUUUGGAAUUAUUGCUCGGGCAAGAAUUGCUUUGGAACCUGCUCCAAUUAGGGUUAAAUGGGUACGAAUGUUGUAUACUAACUUUGCCGCAUUCACUAAAGAUCAAGAGCAUUUGAUUUCAUUGAAUGGAAGGAAACAAAUGAAUGCCCUGGAUUAUUUGGAGGGUUUAGUUCUACUGCACCACAACAAACCAGAUAAUUGGCGCUCCUCGUUCUUUCCACCAUCUGAUCAUUCUAGAAUCAUCUCUUUGGCCAAUCAGAACUCUAUUAUUUAUUGCCUUGAAGUUGUUAAAUACUAUGAUCAUCAUACUCAAUCUACUGUAGAUAAGGACCUUGAAGUAUUACUACAAGGCUUAGAUUACGAGAGCGGGUUUAAGUUCGAGAAAGAUGUAACAUACGUUGAAUUUCUAAACAGGGUUAGAACUGGAGAGUUGAAGCUUCAAUCUAAAGGACUAUGGGACGUUCCUCAUCCAUGGUUGAAUCUAUUCGUACCGAGAUCUCGUAUUAUGGAUUUCAACUCGGGUGUCUUCAAAGACAUAGUAUUAAGACGAAAUAUAACCAAGGGGCCUAUCUUGAUAUAUCCAAUGAACCGAUCGAAAUGGGAUGAAAGAAACUCAACAGUAAUACCAGAUGAAGAAGUGUUCUAUACAAUAGGGUUCUUGAAUUCAAGUGGAUUUGAUGAUUGGAAGAAGUUCGAAGAACAAAAUGAAGAGAUAUUAGAAUACUGUGGGAAAUCAGGAAUUGAAAUCAAACAAUAUCUCCCUCAUUACAAAACGCAAACACAAUGGAUCCAACAUUUUGGUUCCAAAUGGACAAAUUUCCAACACAACAAAUUCAAGUUUGACCCUAAAAAUAUUCUCUCUCCAGGACAAAAAAUCUUCAAUUCUUGAAAUUUAUCUCUUAUUAUUACUAUUAUCAGUAUUAUUUUCUUCUCAGUGUAAGAAAAAAUA